AUAAAAAAGAGAUAAAGCGGAAGCAACGCGAAGGAAACUUCUCGCCUCACCCGCGCGCUCCCGCCUCCCGAGCCGAGACCAUGCAAGAGAGCGUGCUCUCCUCUCGCCGCGCUCCGCUGAGCCCCGACGCCGGCGCCGGCGCCGCCGACGACGACCACGGCGGCGGCGGCGGCGGCGGCGACAAGUCCAAGACCCGGAAGCCCCCCUCCCUCGUCGCCCGGAUCUCCGCCUACGCCCGCGUCCCCGUCACCACCGCCGCCGCCGGCCGUGGCCUCCUCCUCCUCCUCCUCCUCCUCGCCGGCGCCGGCGCCGGCGCCGCCCUCGUCGUCCUCCUCGUCCGCUCUCGCCCCGUCGCCUGCGUCCCCCUCUACGACCCCCUCGCCCGCGCCGCUCUCUUCUCCGGCUCCCGCGACGCCCUGGCCUCCGAUUUCGGCAUCCUCGGCGUGCCCUGGUGCAGAUCGAAACAUGGGAAAACAGUAGAGUGGACAACAAAGGAUCUGCUCAAUGGCCUGGAAGAAUUUGUGCUGAUUUACGAGAAUCGGCCCAUCAGGAACAAUAAGUAUGGGAUGGGCUUUGAUCACAGCUUCGGGCUUUGGUUCAUAGCUCGUUGGCUUAAGCCUAAUCUAAUGAUAGAGAGUGGUGUUUUGAAGGGGCAUUCAACAUGGGUUCUACGACAAGCUAUGCCAGAAACCCGGAUCAUUUCACUCUCGCCCCGCCACCCGGAGAAGUAUCUGAAGAAGGGGCCCGCAUAUGUUGAUUCAAAUUGCACUUAUUUUGCAGGGAAAAACUUUGUAGAUUUUGGGACUGUUGAUUGGCGAAAAGUCAUGAAGCAACAUGGAAUCUCAGAUCUUAGUCGGGUGCUUGUAUUCUUUGAUGAUCACCAAAAUGAGUUGAAAAGAUCGCAGCAAGCACUAAGAGCUGGAUUCCAGAAUCUCGUAUUUGAGGAUAACUAUGACACUGGAACUGGAGAUAUUUACACCUUAAGGCAGAUAUGUGAUCAAUCUUAUAUUAGAGGUGGUGGGCAUAGCUGCUUCAGAGAUAGUGAUGAAGCAAGAAUAAGGUCGAGAAGAAAAAUGUUUUGGGACAAAGCUGUGGACAUUGAUGAACUAUGUGGGAAGGGGGACGCAUGGUGGGGCGUUAGAGGGUACAUGCGCGAUGACUUCAACCAUAGCAAUAAGGCGAUCUCCUACGCAGAGCAUUUUCAGAACAGCAGGUUUCUGGAGUCGGUGCUGGAUGUGUAUUGGGAGCUCCCACCUGUGGCUGGUCCCUCGCUUACUCACCAAACCAGAUACGACCCUGCCCGUGCACCCGAUCCGAUCAUUGAAGAUGGUCGGUACGGUUUAUUCCGAAAGCUUGGACUAGGAAGAUUAGAACCUUCGGUGUUCAAUGGUUAUACGCAGAUGGUUUACGUUCAGAUAUCUGCCUCAACUUCCUAACUACACGCCGAGCAAUUCGCAAGGCUGACUUUUAUUUCGUCAAACCUACCAUGUGCUUCAUCGACCAGCUGUUUAGUUUUAGUUUGACAUCAUGUACUAUGAAUUUUGUGCAUACUCCAGAGUUUUUGCUGAACAGAAUUGAACCUGCAAAAUUUUUUGGUACUUCGCUAGUACAUUAUAUACAGUGUACAUGAAUUUAGUCUUU